UGUGACGUAGGCAAGUUCCAGUUCGUAGUUUUUCCAAGAUUUUUGCUUCUGUGGCUGUGUCAUGCCGUAUUGUGAUCAUUGUUAUUCGUUCGCCUUGUCAAAAUUCCUAGCGUUUCAAGCACGCCACGAAAAUUUAAUCCCCGAUUUGCGUAAUUUUGUUUUGUUCCCUCGUUUUUGUCUCAACCAUUUAUUAGUCAUUACCAGUGCAUGUUACGUAACCCAUUGGAGAGGGUUAAACCCAUGGGGAUUACGAUGAAUUAUGUACUUUUUGAAUCAUGGAAAAACGCCCCUUGAAAGUGAGCAGUGGUUCUGCAGCUUCCAACACACCCGCCUCUUAUCAUGCAACCGACGAGAAGGUACGUCGUAUCCGACGCUUAUCCAAUGAUUUGGUAUCAAUUACUGCUGAUCAGUAUGGUGGCAGUAACUUGCGGUCUAUAUCAGUGAGCAGUGAUGAUGAAAUGAUAGAUAUCACUACCUCUGGCACAAUGACUGAGCACACGUUAGGAGACCAUCAUCAUGGUGGAGGAGGAGCCUGUGGUGUUUAUUUUUCCGGUGGUGAAAGUCUUGUAUCAGUGGAUUCAGAUGAAAUCCCUGGAAUUGGUCAGUAUGAAGAUUUUCAUACCAUCGAUUGGCAGCGUGACAUAGCACGAGAUCGCAUGAGGCACCGUUACAUUGUCAAACGAAAACAAAAGUCUAUCUGUGAUUUAGUCAGAGGUGCCCAUGACGCUUGGUCUGGGUGGCUGUGUGUGUUGCUCGUAGGUCUCGUCACGGGUGGUGUAGCUGGUGUUAUUGACAUUGGUGCAUCAUGGAUGUCAGAUUUAAAAUUUGGAUUGUGUCCUCAAGCAUUUUGGCUCAACAAAGAACAAUGCUGUUGGUCAUGGUCAUCCAAUGAAACCUCUAUUGAAGAUUCCAGAAAUUGUUCACAGUGGAUGAGUUGGUCAGAAAUUAUUGCAGAAUCUAAUACAGGAGCCGGAGCAUUCAUAGUUUCCUACAUAUUUUUCAUUGCUUGGGCGCUGCUCUUUGCAUCUCUGGCUGCGUCUCUGGUCAGAAUGUUUGCUCCUUACGCAUGUGGAUCUGGUAUACCCGAGAUUAAGACAAUUCUGAGUGGGUUCAUCAUUCGUGGUUAUUUAGGAAAAUGGACUUUGAUCAUUAAGUCAGUCGGUAUCAUGUUAUCUGUAUCCGCUGGACUUAGUUUAGGAAAAGAAGGUCCGAUGGUCCACAUAGCCUCAUGUAUAGGUAACAUUCUAUCUUAUUUAUUUCCAAAGUACGGUCGAAACGAAGCCAAGAAAAGAGAGAUCCUUUCAGCAGCAGCAGCUGCCGGCGUUUCUGUGGCUUUUGGUGCUCCUAUAGGUGGUGUUCUUUUCAGUUUAGAAGAAGUCAGUUAUUACUUCCCUUUAAAGACACUGUGGCGAUCAUUCUUUUGUGCUUUGGUAGCAGCUUUUGUUCUUCACUCAAUAAAUCCAUUUGGGAACGAACACUCAGUAUUGUUCUAUGUUGAGUACAACAAGCCAUUCAUGUUUUUUGAGCUAAUUCCAUUCAUAGGACUCGGAAUUAUUGGAGGUGUCAUUGCAGUUAUUUUCAUCAAAGCUAACUUGUAUUGGUGCCGUUACCGCAAAAUGUCUCGACUUGGGCAGUACCCUGUGACAGAAGUUUUGGUCGUAACUGCUGUCACUGCUGUUGUAGCCUAUCCAAACCCGUAUACCAGAAUGUCAACCAGUCAAUUAAUUUAUCUCUUAUUUAGUCAAUGCGGCACUGUCAAGGAUCCACUUUGUUCAUACCAGUUUGAUCCAACGCUGAAUGGAAGUGGUGGGCUCAAACCAGGAGAAGGUCUUUAUUGGGCUGUAUUCCUUCUCAUCCUUGCUCUGAUUUUCAAGCUUGUUACAACAGUGUUUACUUUUGGUAUGAAAGUGCCCUGUGGGCUUUUCAUACCGAGCCUUUGCCUUGGCGGGAUCGUCGGUCGUAUCGUAGGAAUCGGUGUCCAGCAACUAGCUUUCAACUAUCCUCAUAUUUGGAUCUUUUCUGGUGAAUGUUCAACUGGUGAGUGUAUAACGCCGGGUCUGUAUGCAAUGGUAGGAGCUGCUGCUGUUCUUGGUGGCGUCACACGCAUGACAGUGUCAUUAGUUGUCAUUAUGUUUGAAUUGACCGGUGGUGUUCGUUACAUUGUGCCUCUGAUGGCAGCUGCCAUGGCUAGUAAAUGGGUCGGAGAUGCAUUAGGUCGCUCAGGCAUUUAUGAUGCACACAUUAACUUGAAUGGAUACCCAUUCCUUGAUUCAAAGGAGGAGUUUACACACACUGCACUUGCUGCGGAUGUCAUGCAGCCAAAGCGCAGCGAACCACUGAGUGUAUUGACACAAGACUCAAUGGCAUUCGAAGAAGUUGAGGCUAUGUUGAAAGAGACUGAACAUAAUGGGUUCCCUGUUGUUGUUUCCCAUGAAUCGCAAUAUCUAGUUGGUUUUGUCAUCAGGCGAGAUCUUAAUUUAGCAAUUGAAAACGCCAAACGAACAAUGACUGGCCUAAGAAAUAACUCGCUAGUUUUAUUCACAACAAGCCCGCAAUCUCCAUUAGCUCCUCAUAGCCCCCCACCUUUGAGGCUUGAAAAAAUCUUGGACCUGGCUCCCAUCACCAUCACUGAUCAAACUCCAAUGGAGACCGUUGUAGACAUGUUCCGUAAAUUAGGAUUACGUCAGACGCUAGUCACACACAAUGGACGUUUGCUUGGUAUCAUCACCAAGAAGGACAUAUUACGCUACAUCAAGCAGAUUGACAACGAGGAUCCAAGUUCUGUUCUGUUCAACUAGGUCCAUCAACAAAAACUCUUGUUGAUUCAGGUCAUAGCUAUUUCUAUAAUUUGUAUAAAGUUUUGUUGAAUCAUUUCAUAAUGUAUCUAUUAUUGUAUUAUUACAUCAUCCUGGAUCUAAGGAAAAAUCCCCAUCAAAGAAUGUCCAAGUUUUUACAGAUUCAUCAUUUGGAAGAUUUCUAUAAAUUGAAGGACAUCAAAAUAACAAUUGUUCUGGAAUCCUAAACCAAAAAAAAAUAAAAUUGUGAAUGCUAAUUUUAAGUUGUGAUAAUGGUUAGUUCGCUACUGCAAUACUUGCUAUCCUCUUUGUAAGUUCUACCAUCUGAAACUUGACUCUCUACUUAAGUUUUUUUAUGAAGUUCGCCAGUCCACCCUCUGAUGUCUGAGUGUGAUUUUCAUUCUAUCUUUUCUCCAAAGCUCGGACUACUUUUGGACAUCCAGGGGCUCAACUAAGCUCAAAAAAUAAAAAUUGGCUGGUUCGCAAUUUUCUCUUGAACAUUUUCUAUUGUGUCUUGACUAAAAGAGUCAUUCCUGAACAUAGGUCUUACCAUAAACAAUCAAUUUUUCAUCAUCAGUAUUCAUUACUUUUUCAUAAACAGCCCAGGGAAAAAUUAAUCAAAUUUAAAGUGAAAACAUUUGAACAGAUUGUACCAAAUUUAAAUCAGUCACCUUGGACUUGUUUUUUGGGGGGAUUUUUAAUAUAAUUUAAGAUCCAGGUCGAUAGUCCCUCCCUUGUACAGUAUUGCUAUUGUGAUUUUAAACUCGAUGAUUUUCAUAGCCAAGUUGUUUUUCUCAAUUUAAACCUGUGCUGUUACUUCCAUCUCCUGAAACCUCCUAUUUCAAGUUCCCAUGAAGACUCAAAAUUUCAGAAAUAUUGCACGGAGAGUCGUAAGUUACAGUAUUCUUUAUUGAGACCAUUAUAUCAUGAAUUAAAACCUAAGUGCUAUUUUUGCAAUGGCAUCUAUCAAUGUAAGUCUUUCAAAUAUCUGUGAGAGAACCAGGUUCAAGUUUUUUAGAGACAAGAUUUUGACAUAACAUAACAGGCCAUAGUGCUUAUUCUAUAAAUACUCCUGUAACAAAUUUUCUCUAAACUUAGAGUUGCUUUACACCCAACUCUUGUUUAUUGUCAAGUUUUUUUUACAUACUACCAACCUCGAUUACAAAAAAAUUAAAUUGCUUCUACAACUAUUAGUUUUCAUGUCGGCAGUAUUAAGGAUUACAUCAACCUUACUGACCAUUGCCUGAGUUUGUCACUACAGAGCUCAGUUUUUGCCCUCUGAUGAGUGUUUUUCUUUGACAGUUGGCAAUUCUGUGAAAUUUGGCUCAAAAGUGAACCGAAUUCUCCCAUAAAAAUUUCUCUGUGGUAUCAAGUGGCUGUAAUAAUAGUUAAACUCUUAAAACAUGCAAUUCAAAUCAAAUCGUAGACAUUUCCCCAUUUUGUUUAUUUUACAAUUGGAGUCUAAUCUUUCCUUUGUUCUCAAAGAGUUUUCUUUGAAUAUUUCAGGCCUUGAAAGCGGUUGGUUAUCGCUCCAGAAAGAGAAAAAAUUAAAUGAAUGGCUAAAACAUGUUAUAAUGGAAAUUUUGUAACAGAUGUUUUCUAAGUUUAGUCGUCAACAUAUUCAGGCCUACUCCAAUAUUCUUAAAAGGAGAAAUUCAAUUCUCUCUCACUGAGAUGAAAUGUAUACGUCCAUGUAUGUCUGCAAAGGAAGAGGGCAGACAUUUUUUUAUAGCCAUAGUGUUUGAUCACCCACAAUUAAUAUUUUCUCCCCUUCUUUAGUUUUAAUAAUUCAAGCUUAGGUACGUAACCACAUAUUUAAAAGCUUUAAAGUAGCCUCAUUAAGCAAAAUGUAUUAACUCUCUUCUCUCACCAAGGUUUUUUUCUUGGUAUUUGAGCCUAUAAUACAUAAUAAUCUUCAUGACUUCAAAAUUUAGAUGCACAGCACGUGGAGACAAGGAAUCUCCAAAUCAGGAUUUGAGUGCCAGUACUUAAUUUGAAAAUUUUUUGAGAAUGAAGAAUGAAUUGAAAUUUAGUCAGAUAACAGUUCCUUUAAAACAAUUCAUGGGUCAGUUUCUCAUUUUACUUUCAUACACAUUUAAAGGAAAGCCUGAGUUUCUUUUCUAUUCUUGUCCUUUGAAGGAACCCUGAAAUGUUUCGUAUGAAAGAGUUAUUUUUUUCAUCUUUGCCUCCUUUCUAAUCAAAGGGUAUUUUAUGUUGAGAUUAUACAUCUCUAAGAAUUUGUAAGAAAGGUCGAUUCUUUCAUUUACUUUUCAUUUUGAUUAAUUCAAAGAUUUUCUCAAUAACCUUUUUGUUUGAUUUUAUGAUAUUAAUUUUACUUGUCCGAUUUUAUUCUGAGUCUCAGAAAAUGUCAAAAUAAUCGAUUCUGUGUGCAAUAAAAUGCAGCUGUAAGCAAGUCAAUUGGAGUUAAAGGGUUGAAUAUUUUUCCUGUAGAGUUUAAGUACAUAUCUAUAUUUUUA